UGCGAUCGCUUCCGGCAACUAGCCGUUACCAUCUUCGAGAGAGAGAAAGAAAAGAGAGAGAGGAUAUCAGAGGACGAUUCUCUCUAUCUCUGCGUCAGAUCAUUUCCAUUCAAGCAGCAUCUUCCAAUCAAAGCUUCCUAAUUUUCGCUCCAGAUUUGCUUACGGAAGAGAUUUUCUCUUUUGUAGAUGGCAGCUUCUGCAAACAGAUCCCCUUCCCCGAUUUCAGCAAGGCCGAAUCCCAACCCUAGAGCCUCAGAAACCAAUUCUCCCAUGAGAAGAAGUUUCAGCGGCAAUCCGUUUGCGAGGCCUUCGAUUCUCACAAAUCACCAGAAGAGCUGCGUUCCUGCUACUCCCGCCAACAGUCCUGCAGAUGUUGCGAGGAGACACUCCAAAGGCAAGGAGGGAGGGGUUUCUUCUUGGCCAUACCAAGAAAAGGAAAACGAAUACGAUCAGAAUCUGAAGCCAGAGAAAGUCCGGUCACCGGCUGUUGCAAAGGGGACGAAGAACUUCAUGACUCCCACAAUCUCUGCCGCAUCCAAGAUCAAUGCAUCUCCAAGAAAGAAGGUCUUGGCAGAGCGGAAUGAGCAGGUCCGGACUUCUGUCUCGUUCUCUGAAGGGGGAAAGAGCCCCUUUGGUUCCAUGAAUCUUUCUGAUGUUACAGAGGAUACUGAUCCAAAAUCCAAGAUGGGUUCCAAUCAAAACAAGGCCGAGGAUUCAAAUGAAUCAGUGAUCACAAAUUCUGACGACGUAGAGGAGGUUCUUGAGGCUACUCCUGUGGUUUCCAAAGCUUCAAAGAAUUAUCCAAUCAUCAAUUCUGAGGUAGCUCUGGAUUCCCAGAAUGCCUUGGAGCCAUUAUCAGAUAUAAAGCCUAAUUGCAGUAGUGAGGCUGCUAGCUGCAAGAACAAACCGUCUGGUGCAUUGAUUUCGACUGUUAUAGCAGCUCUUGAUGCAGACCCUUCUCUUCCACCUUAUGAUCCCAAAACUAAUUAUCUUUCGCCGAGGCCUCAGUUCCUCCAUUACAAACCGAACCCGCGAAUUGAAGCUUAUUUUCACAAGGAAAUGGAUAAUGGGGAAGUUAAGAAGCUAGAAGACGGCUUUUUGUCUGAAAGCUUUUCAGACACUGAAGUUACAGAAGAAACCGAGUCUGAGAAAUCGAAGAAAGAAUCUGCCAAUGCUUCUUCAGAUGAGGAUGUCAGUGAAGACGUGAAGCCCGGGGUCUGUGAGGAGACUGUUGAAGUAGAGAUGGCCAGACCACAGUUCUUUACAAGAUCAAAGUCGAUUGCUUUACUUCUCGUCCUCUUGGUUGCUUGUUUAUCAGCCUCGGUGACUAAUUCUCCUGCCCUCGAUUCAUCAUUUUACAAAGAUUUAAACAUUUCUAAGUUCUCUGACCCAUCUGAAAUAGCUGACGUGGCCAAAUCCAGCUUUGAUGCCUUUGCUAGACAUUUCAAGCAGUGGUCAACCAACUCUAUAGGUUACCUUGGCAAACAAUUUGGCAUUUCAGACGAAGUAGAUAGAUUAGAACAGAUACAAUUCGCCAACCUGACGUCUUGGCUAGAGAAUCCUUUUGUUGAUGGUUACUUUGAAGUUGAUCACAUCGAGGAGCCACUAGGAGAAAUACAUGAGCAAGAUGAGUUGGAAUCUGCAGAAGAUGUGGAAGCUGGUGAAAAUGAGGAAGGGGCAAUAGCACAGGACAUAGGAGAAGCUGAGGCUCUUGAACCUGAUAGUUUGGAACCAGUUCAGGAUCAAGAGCAAAGUGACAAUCAAGAAAGUGACAUUGGUUUUGAGGACCAAUCAGCUCCAAAUACAGUGGCUUCUGAGUUCAAGCAAGAAGUAGUUGAGCUUCUUGAACUCAACCCUGAAGAAGUGGUUGAAACAAGGGAAAUCCAAGCGAGCGAUGACCUCUCCGGUGCCGACCGCGGUAGUUCCUUGGAAAUGGAGUCUUCAUCUGGGGAUGUCCAGAUUUCCAGAACAAUGGACUCUUCUCUCAGUCGGUCAGACAACAGCUUCUUGGCCCAAUAUACGCAGGCAAUAUCUGUGCUUGCUGUGGCUCUACUGGCGGCAACAGGGCUAAUCUGCUUGAAACAAAGGGAAAGGUCUGGGCCAAACACUGCUGCAGCUCUGGAUGAUCCACUUAUAGCUAAGAACCCAAUGAUUUCGAGCACCAAGCAAAUAAUUGAGGACAGGCCAUCCUUGCAGACUUGGGCUCCGGAGGGCGACGUGAUGGGGGAGUCAUGUCCCUCUGAAAUGAGCAGCUUCCAGAAGAACUCAUCAUCAUACAGCAGCAAGAGAGCAGUGGUGGGAGCAAGUGAGGCUCAGAGCCAGGAGAGGAAACAGGGGAGGAGGAGCUCCAAAAGGGAGUCAUUGGCUUCUUCAUCAGAGUACUCUAUGGAAGGUUCGCCUUCUUAUGGAAGUUUCACCACAUAUGAGAAGAUACCCAGCAAGCAUGGGGGAUCGGGGGAGGAGGAAAUAAUCACUCCGGUGAGGCGAUCGAGCAGGAUUAAGAAGCAAGUCACUUCUCCGUGACAAAGCUGCAGGGAAGCCGCCAAUCUUCUUCUGCCUUGGACUUGUGGUGCUGCAUAGCCGUGCAGUUGUGAAAUGGAACGUCGUAAUUUGUAAUUGGGGCACCCCCUAGUUAGGUUGUUGAAAGGUUACUUACCUCUUCUAGCCCUGUUUAUCUUGUUUCUCUUUGUUUUAGGUUCAACUAAAUUUCUUCGAAGGUGAUUGCUGAUGCUCGCAACGGUUUUAUGAUUUAACAUUAUAUAUUGGAGCCACCUUUGAGUGAAUCAAACCCCCCCCAGGGUUUCAGUUUUCCUU